AUGGCUACUCGCACUGUUUACCUCAUGUCCUUCCGCGGUAUUGCAACCCAAAGGGCGCACUUUGCGAUUUUUGUUCCGUCGGCCGCAAAACCUGAUACAGGAACCAUGCCGUUGCGAAACUACUCCCCAAAGUUUACCAAACAGCGGUACGAGAUCUUUCCGAUAGGGGAAGUCUCUGGGGCCAACAUUGUCGAUUCUCCCGACGGACCACCGGGCACGGACAACAGCCCUAAGGGUAAUAUCGAAAUCGCUGCAAGCCAGGUUCCAACUCCUCGGAAAAGCGAGAACUUUAUGGCACCUGUCAACGAGACCACGAACAAGAGGUGUCAAGAAUGGACAAUGGAGUUUAUCCGCCACCUAGUUUCCAAAGGCUUGAUUGGAGAAGGGGCGAUCGAGAUAGUGCAGUCCAAGCGCGACCCGCCGACCCAUGGAAUUGGAUUGCAGCGCGUAGCUGGACGUUAGUUGAGUUGAUGGGAGAAACGCCCAUUUUCGUGCGGAAAGGAUGGUUAAUUGAAACCAACAUGGGUGCGAUGUAUCUAUUCAUAUUGAAGACUAUAGCAG